CUUUACAAUACAUAUAUAUACACAUGAGAACUCGGAGAAGAAAACUGACAAAAAAGGUUUCUCUGUUAAGUUUGAUUCUCCUGAUGUUUGUGUGGGGGGAGAGCGUACUGUUGUAGGGGAUACUCCAGACCCUCAGCAACUAGAGCAUAUUCUUCAAACAGAUAUGAAGAUUACUGAAUCCCGUAACAAAAACCGCAGGGGUAGGGUACUGCCCUCACUUCCAUCCGAGGAAACUUUUGUAGCUCAGAGUCAAGAUGUUUUCUCCAGUACUUGUAAUCCACCCCCACAAACAUCAGGCGGCAGCAGUUCACGGCGUAAGAAGGGAAAACCUUUGAAAAUAGUUCAGUGGGAUCCUGAAAAUCAAAAUUAUGAUGCAAACUUUGACAAUCGUGAUGUCAUAGAAUCCCAAAAUUAUGACAAUAAUAAAAAGAUUUACGAAUCAGUGAAUACAAAACAUAUUCAAGUUUCCAAGUCAUCAAAUGGCAAGAGAAGUAAAAAUGAAGAAACGCUGACUAGUAAUCUAAAAACCAACUUGAGUCUGAAUAGUUCACAAUUUUUCGAGGAAACCUACGUUUAUGACGACAAGUCUCCCCCAGUAUCUUCAAAAAAUAAAACACGACGCUUAUCUAAGAGUAAAAGGAUGAGUACAAUUACUGACCAGGAUUUUGUCAACUUUAUUCUACAAAAAGAGAAAUCUCCUGAACCCUUGUCAAAGGGUCCCGUCGGUAACUCCGUAGCUUCGGAUUCUGAGGAUGAUGGUUGGGAUGUUUUAACCAACGAGGAUGGUUCAAUAAAAAAAUUUUUGCCAAAAUCUAAUAGAAAAAGCGUUGUUAUCAGUGGAAACAUUAAAUCAAGAACUAAAGAUCUAAUAAAAGGAGCUGAUAGAGCUGUUCCAAAGUCCCGGAAGAAUUUAAGUAAAGAGUUAAGCGCCGGUGAACCUGGUCAAGCGAACUCUACUGUUAUCCCAGGACCACGGUCACGGAGGUCUAACAGAAUAUACUCAGUUUCUCAACUUUCUGAUGUGCCUUAUCUGGAUUCCUCACACACAUCUAAAGAAAAUAACGCAUUAAGUGGACCUGAAACCAGCACAUGUAAGCAGAAUGAAUCAAGGUUACCAGAAUCAGGAACUCAAGGCACUAAGAGUAGUGAAACAACCGUCAGUAUUUCUGCAGGAUACGCUGGACUCUCUUUUCAAAAUUUCAGCUCUGAUUCAGUUAAGGCUGUAAUGAACCAGCUGGAGAAUGGAGGAUGGGAUUCUGAUCUAGCCAAAAAAUUAGAAAAACCCAAAACUAUUCCAUCCCAACCUUCUAGCAAUGACAGGCCUUGUAAAGAGAUCCAAGAGCCAGAGAUUCAGACCAUGAAGGCCGGGCCUGGUAGGAAAUCUAUAAAGAGAAAACUGAGUUUAGAACUAGAAAAUGGGACGGAGAAGAAAAGAAAAUCAGAUAAAGAGAAGGUUGAGAAAAGACCCCGGAUAGAAGAACUCCCUGCUACUCCACAAAGGGUUGGAUUAAAGGUUAAACCUAGAACAGAUAUCGGAGAAAAAACUAGUUUAACUCCUCAACCAAUGGAUAUAUGUGAAAGCCCUGCCAGGAGAUCAGGGAGACAAACUACUCAAAUAUCUACCCUAGCUAGUGAUGGUUUGGCUAGAAGCCCAUCUCUAGCCAGAUACUCCCCGGUACAGUCUACCUUCAAAUCCCCGGCACAGCCGCCCCAGACCAACAAUCAGGAAAAGAAAGAUGAAAAGAAUGAUGAAAAGAAUGAAAAUAAGAAGGAUGGGAUACAGACGGAUUUAAAUUCUUCUCUAGAGGAAUUACCCUGUACUCAGGUAAACAACACUUUUAGAAUCAUAAUGGGUUUAUAA